AAUUUAUCAAAAUCAAGCAUGUCCAAAAACACAAAAUCCAAAAAACAAGUCACCUCCAAUGCAAAGAAGGGAGGUAACAAGAAGGGUAAGAAAGCUGAGCCAGUCCAGCCCCCAAAAGAAAAGAAAGAAUUGGCCGAAUGGGAUUUAGAAGACAUGCCUAAUUUUGGAUUUGAGCCCAAAAAGAUAGCCCCAACAGCAUCCAAAGGACCUGCAGUUAGCGGUGACAAGAAGAAAAAGGGUAAAAAAGAAAAGAAAACAGUUGAAGACACUCUUAUCUCUAUAGAAGAAGCCAAAAGAGCAAAUCCAGAAGAAAUUGCUAGACAAGAGACCUUAAUUACUGAAUUAAAGUCCCAAUUAGAGCAGAAAGACCAAGCUAUUGCUGACCUAGAGAAGGAUCAGAAAGAGCAAUUUAAGCAGUUAACUGAGCAAGCCCAACAAUUGACCGAAGAAAGAGAUGAAACAAGAGCUGCCUUAGGUGUUGCAGAAGGCCAAUGUAAUCAGAAAUUAGAUGAUUUCAAGCAAACAGUAGACAGAGUCAACCGUAACUUUUUGGAAAACGAAAAGUUGAUAUAAGCGAACUUACCAGUGAAAAAUCUAACCUUAAAGACAUUGUAUUCGACCUCAUGUUUGAGAAGCAGAAGGAAGGUGAUUCUGCACCUGAAGGAGAAGAGGAAAUCACAGAUGAAAUCACAGAUGAAAUCCAUGGAGAGUUUGAUAGAAAUACGAGAAGACAGGCUCCUCAAGACAACUCACAAGUUAAAACUCUUCUUGAUUUUGCCAACGAGCAAAUUAAGAGACUUCAAACUGAACUUAAAGAGGUAAGGGACCAAAUUCCUGAAUCUGCACUUCAGGAGCUAGACCAAAUCGAUGAGACCCUUAAAGAAACAGAAGAUUAA